AAAGGCUGUAUAUGAAAGAUCAGAGAGGAGGCCAGCAAAUCUGGGCUUUGUCCAGGGACUGCAGUUUAAAGCUCUGUGCAACCACUUGAGCUCAUUUUCCCUGUGACUUGGCUGGGCGCAACUUUCUCUGCCCAAGUCUUGAAAAAUCUAAAACUUCAGUCUUCAGAAUUCUUUCAGUUGUGUGACAGAUACUACCUGUCCUUUAGCAAAAAUGGAAGCAAUCAAGAAAAAGAUGCAGAUGCUGAAGUUAGACAAGGAAAAUGCAAUUGAUAGAGCAGAACAGGCUGAAGCGGAUAAGAAGGCAGCUGAGGACAAAUGCAAACAGGCAAAGGAUGAGCUGGUAGCCCUGCAGAAAAAGUUGAAAGGAACUGAAGAUGAACUGGAUAAGUACUCGGAGGCUCUGAAAGAUGCCCAGGAAAAACUGGAACAGGCUGAAAAGAAGGCAACUGAUGCUGAAGGUGAAGUGGCAGCUCUGAAUAGACGUAUCCAACUCGUGGAAGAGGAGUUGGAUCGUGCCCAGGAACGGCUGGCUACAGCCUUGCAGAAACUGGAGGAGGCUGAAAAAGCAGCCGAUGAGAGUGAGAGAGGAAUGAAGGUUAUUGAGAACAGAGCAAUGAAAGAUGAAGAAAAGAUGGAGAUUCAAGAGAUGCAGCUGAAGGAGGCUAAGCAUAUUGCUGAAGAAGCUGACCGCAAAUAUGAAGAGGUUGCCCGUAAACUGGUUAUUUUGGAGGGUGAACUGGAAAGAGCUGAAGAGCGUGCAGAGGUGUCAGAAGUUAAAUGUAGUGAUCUUGAAGAGGAAUUAAAGAAUGUCACUAACAACCUGAAGUCCCUGGAAGCCCAAUCUGAAAAGUACUCAGAAAAAGAAGAUAAAUACGAAGAAGAAAUCAAGCUUCUGUCUGACAAGCUUAAAGAAGCUGAAACACGUGCUGAAUUUGCGGAGAGAACAGUGGCAAAACUGGAAAAAUCCAUUGAUGACCUGGAAGACGAGCUCUACGCUCAGAAGCUGAAGUACAAAGCUAUCAGUGAGGAGCUUGACCAUGCUCUCAAUGAUAUGACCUCUUUGUAAUUUGUACCUACUGGGGGGCUUGGACUUGCAUUUCUUAAGCUUUUCUUGCUUGUAAUACCUGUCGCUUCUGUGCAACUUCUAAAUAUGAUCCUUCAACCUCCUCUGUAAGAACUGCUUUCAAUAAAAACAAGAUACCUCUA